UCGGAGGGGGGGGUUGCGGCUGCGAAUUGGGCAUCGAAAAUCUUUGGUUGAGGGAUACAUCAUAAUUGUGUUUGGUCAGUUAACGUGCUAAGGAUUUCAACAUAAGCCGUAACACGGAAUAGGCGAGCUGAAAGUUGUAAAAAAUAAACCGCGAUUGUCAGAACAUUCAUCGGGUCUGAGCCGCUGCCGUGUGUCGAUUCAUCAACGGCGUUGAGCUGGUCGGAUCCAGUGCCGCAAUGUUCAAGAACACAUUUCAGAGUGGCUUUUUAUCAAUAUUGUAUAGUAUUGGAAGUAAGCCUCUGCAGAUUUGGGACAAGAAGGUGAGAAAUGGUCACAUCAAGAGGAUUACGGACAAUGAUAUCCAGUCUCUGGUGCUCGAAAUUAUUGGAACCAAUGUCAGUACUACUUUCUUAACGUGCCCAGAAGAUCCCAAGAAGACACUAGGCAUCAAACUGCCAUUUUUGGUGAUGAUUAUUAAAAACCUUAAGAAAUACUUUACAUUUGAGGUGCAGGUCAUUGAUGACAAGAACGUUCGCCGUCGGUUCCGCGCCUCAAACUACCAGUCGACCACGCGCGUCAAGCCGUUCGUCUGCACCAUGCCCAUGCGUCUGGACGACGGCUGGAACCAGAUCCAGUUUAACCUGGCGGACUUCACGCGGCGCGCGUACGGCACGAACUACGUGGAGACGCAGCGCGUGCAAAUACACGCCAACUGCCGGAUCCGGCGCAUCUACUUCUCGGACCGGCUCUACUCGGAGGACGAACUGCCCGCAGAGUUCAAGCUCUACCUGCCCGUGCAGGCCAAGCCCAAAGCGUGAGGCUGUCGGCACAGUCGGCCGCUCCGGGCUGGAACGGCAGGGGUCUCUCGACAUAGUUGGCAUUGGUCGAAAUUUUGUCAGGUUCAUUGUGUGAGGUGCACGGACCCAGCGCACGUGGGGCUUUGAGUCGUAAUCAAAGUUGGCUGUCCACCAUGUUUGGAUAGUGACGUCUACGCUCUUUGUCGUGUUUUGCCAUCAAUUUUUAGAGUGCAUCAGACCGCUUGCCAAGCCCCGAAGGCGAAGCUCAUCUCCCAAUAUCGACAAUGGGUUGCGUUAUGCCGUGCCCUCCCCAUGACGGCAGCGCGGGUCAUUGUUGCCUUCCGACUUGAGACGCUUCUGAACGCCGGGCACGCGUUUUGCAUGCGGUUCUCAAGACAAGAUUUUGCGGUGACCAGUCCGAGAUUCUUUCACACGUAUCAAAGACUAAAUUAUUGGCACUGGAUGUUCUAGGGACCUACUCCAGCGUAUUAUGAUUUGAAUCGUCCGCGAGAUCUAUCCUUGCACCGUUCUCUAGCACUCAUCGUGUUGACAUCAUGUUGACUGGCCGCGACUUUGUUGUCUGUAUCUCUAUACUGUGAUAUUGGUAGGGUGCAUGGUGCAUCAGACUUCAUCGUUGCUCAUUCAAAUGUUACAGUGCAAUAAAAUUUGUUGUCUGCCA